CCUAACCUCUAAUUUGAGUUUUCCACGUGAAGUAUGAAGUAUAUAAACAUAUAAUACACUACGAACACUCCAACAAAAGAAUUGUGCAAGAAAAGAUGACCAGAUAUGCAAGAGCAAAAGGAUCUAAAGCUUCAAAUGAGAGAUUGCCGAAUGAAGCUACACCAUGGAAUGUAAUGAAACAGCAAUUAGAGGAGAACAAAAAUAAAUCCGUAGAGAAGAAAAAAUCAGCGAAGGAAUUAUUGAAAGAACAUGAAGACUCCUUUAAAAAUGAUAGCACCAAUGAUAACACUCAAUGGGCAGAAUUUGAAGAUAAUAGAUCCAAGUCUAAUACAGAAAAACAUAAGAAUUUAAAAUCAAAAAAAGAUUUUCCAAAAAAUUCUGAAAAUAAUAUAAAAAAGUCACAUGAAACAGGAGAUACAAAAAUUGAAACAACAGAUAGAAAGACAACUAACAAAAAGAAAAAGAAGCAAGACAAUAAUACAAAUUCGGUAUCUAAUGAAAAAGAUGCACAAAAAUUAAAUACUUCACAAGAUACACAUUCAAAUUAUGUUGUGUUGAGCAAACGACAGAAACGGAAUCAAAAAAGGAAGUUAGAAAUGUCUAAUGAUGGAUCUAAGAGAUUUAAGAAGGAUGUCUCUGACAAAAUUAGCAAUAUAUAUACAAGAGAGGAAAAGAUGAAGAAAAAGCAAGAAUAUAAGAGAAGAAAGCCAGAUGUUGGUGUUACCAAAAUAAUAAUCAAUGGUGUAGAAACUAAAAUUGUUAUGUAUGAUAGAUUCCCUGUUAGAAAAGAAGAUGCAGAAAGAUUGACAGAACUUAAACAGAAAAUGAUAUUGAAGGGUAUACCAAAAUCUGAAGUGGAUAUAGCAAUGAAGCUGGAGAGACGCAAGGCUGAGAAAGCCUUGGCACGCAUUAGGAAACUCGUCUGCUUCAAUUGUCGCAAAUCUGGACACAAUCUAUCCGAUUGUCCUGAGCUUGAUCGCAGUGAGGCCUGCACAGGCAUCUGUUUCAAAUGUGGUUCAACGGAACACACACACUUUGAAUGCAAAGUUAACAAGGAUUCCACCUAUAGAUAUGCCAAAUGCUUCAUCUGCCGCGAGCAAGGUCACAUUGCUAUGCAAUGCCCUGAUAAUCCCAAAGGAAUUUAUCCUCAUGGUGGUUGUUGCAAAGUUUGCGGAGCUGUGACACAUUUAAAGAAGGAUUGUCCGGACUUAAUGAAUGCCAAGGAAGAUAACAUCAUUACAGUAGAAAAAAUGGAUAAUGCCAUAGAAUCCUUGCAGGAAGAUACAAAAGAAAAAUGUGAGAGUAAUAAACCAAAAAAUAAGAUAAUCAAAUUUUAG